UUUCAGAUUAAUUGACGAUUUACACCCAUAUUUUAGCAUAAUGGAUUUGAAAAAUACAAUAUUGGAUAAUAUGAAAGAAGAUGAAGACAACAAGAGAUUAUUAAGCACAAAAGAAUACAAGACAAUAUUUGCUGAAAGCUUUUUGCAUUUCAUUCAUUUACAAGGAUUACCAGAAAUACCGGAAGGUUAUCGUUUGCGACCACUGAUGUCGGUCGACUAUCAUCGUGGUUAUUUGGAAUUGUUAUCGCAGCUUACCGUUGUGGGUGAUGUUACGGAGGAAAUUUUCCUUCGUCGAUUCAAUUUGAUGCGCAACAUGUCACCUCCUGCGUACUACAUUGUCGUCAUUGAGCAUAAAGAGAUAAGACGUGUAGUGGCAUCAGCAACACUUGUGUUGGAAUGGAAAUUUAUCCAUGACACUGGAUGCCGAGGUCGUAUUGAAGAUGUUGUUGUGGAUCAAAGCGUUCGCGGACAGCAUUUCGGGAUAUCACUUAUUCAACAUUUGGUAGUGCUGGCACGACAUAUUGGUGUUUAUAAGUUAUCACUGGAAUGUAAAGAUGAAUUGAUAACGUUUUACGAACAGUUUGGAUUCAAGAAAGAUGAAGGAAAUAAUUUUCUAGUUCAAAAAUUUUGAAUUAAGGUCAGAUUGGUUGAAAUAAUU